AUGGAUGGCAAAUUGGCAGAACUUCGAGACAUGGUGGCACAACUGAGAGCCGAAAAUGAACGUUUGCGCCAGGAGCGGGUGGCCACUGCAGUAACAGACUCUGUUCCGGCCCUUUGUGAUAACACCGCUGCAAGGCCAUCUACUAGUGUGGCUGCCGAAGGUAUUCCAACUGCUAUCGAGAGACUUGUUCUUGUCCCACGGGAUAGAAAGUGUCCCAUGUUCCGAGGUAGUUCCGAGGCUUUCUUUACCAGGAAACAGCAAGAGGGGGAGGGUCUUCAUGAGUUUUCUUUGGCUCUGAUGGGUCUUAUGGAUCGGGUAAAACGUGUUGCACCAGUGGGUAUGUUGAAUUUUGAGGCCUCCUGCUCCCCAACAGGAGUCGGAAAACUAGUGCCCACCGAACUGCUGAGCCACGGUUUGGGUGGGGCCUCUAUUGGCUCUAGUGUUACGAGUAAUCUAGGUUAUCUAUGUAGUGUGGAUGUGGUUACUCUACCGAAGGGUGUAGCUGAGUUGAGGGCUAUUGAAGCUGCUGGUACCUCCCCUAAUCCAAUUUUGAGUCAAAUUGAUGCUCUUGACUUAUCCAGUAUUAAUAGUGAGGAUAGCCAACAGGUUAGGAUGUUGUUGCAUAAGUAUCAGUCGGUGUUCUCUGCCCAUGAGGGUGAUUUAGGCUGUACAAGUCCUAUAUCACAUGAAAUCCCUAUGUUAGACGAAGUUCCUGUUAGGCAACAUUACCGGCGUCUGCCGCCAUCUGAGUAUGAGGUUGUUAAGGCCCAUAUCGAUCAGUUGCUUGAGGCACAGGUCAUUAGGGAGAGCUGCAGUCCCUAUGCUUCCCCCAUUGUAUUGGUGCGAAAAAAGGAUGGUAGUCCUCGUCUUUGUGUGGACUACCGCCAGUUAAACCAGAAGACUCGUAAAGACGCUUUCCCACUACCUCGUAUUGAAGAGUCUUUGGAUGCACUCUCUGGGGCCUGCUGGUUUUCUACUCUUGACUUAGCCAGUGGCUACAAUCAAGUUCCGGUUGCUGAAAAGGAUAAAGCCAAGACCGCUUUUUGUACUCCUUUUGAAUUAUUUGAGUUUAACCGUAUACCAUUUGGCCUCUGCAAUGCCCCAAGCACCUUCCAGCAUCUUAUGCAACAUUUGUUUGGGAAACAGCAUUGUCAGUCUCUCUUGCUCUAUCUUGAUGAUGUGGUGUUUUUUUAUUCUACCAUUUCACAGCAUCUCGAGCGAUUAGAGGGGGUGCUAAGCCGAUUGGAGCAGGAAGGACUUAAAGCCAAGUUGGAGAAAUGUGCCUUCCUUAAGCAGGAGGUUGGUUAUUUGGGACACGUGAUUUCCAGCGCUGGUGUCUCCACUGAUCCAAAGAAGAUCGAGGCGGUGACCAAGUGGCAACGUCCAAGCCAUGUGUCCGAGCUGCGAUCGUUUCUGGGUUUUACCAGCUAUUAUCAUCAUUUUGUAGAGGGUUUUGCUAAACUGGAAGCACCCCUACAUACGCUAGUGGCUGAGUUAGCUGGUACAAAGUCUCGAAAAGGGACUGUACGGGACUUUGCGGCGGCCUGGACAGAAGCCUGUGAACAGAGCUUUGAAAGACUGAAAGCUAAACUUACCUCCACCCCAGUCCUGGCCUAUGCCAAUUUUGCGUUGCCUUUUAUUUUAGAGGUAGACGCCAGCCAUUGUGGCUUGGGGGCAAUACUGUCACAGGAACAAGAAGGUAGGGUCCGGCCGAUAGCAUAUGCGAGCCGCGGCCUCCGCCCACCAGAACGUAACAUGAUAAAUUACAGCUCAAUGAAGCUAGAGUUCUUGGCUCUGAAAUGGGCAGUUACCGAAAAAUUUCGUGAGUACCUCUUGGGGCAUAAGUGUAUAAUCUACACUGAUAACAAUCCUUUAAGCCACCUCGCCUCUGCCAAGUUGGGAGCAACCGAGCAGCGAUGGGCGGCCCAGCUUGCAUGCUUUGAUUAUGAAAUUCGAUAUCGAUCUGGCCGAAAUAACAAGAACGCUGAUGCUUUGUCUCGGCAGUAUUUAACAGCUGUUACUACCUCUCCUGUUACAGAGCCGUUGCAGCAGGCUGUGGCUUUACAACAGCAGCCUCACAUCACUCAAGCUGCCAUUUUUGUUUUACCUUAUCAUUCUGCUUCUGAUAUGUGUUCUCUGCAGUGGGCUGAUCCUGAUAUUCGAGCUGUUUUAACCCUUCUGAGGCAGAAGAGGCGCCCUAGUUCGUCGGCGCGUCGAGCGUUAUCCACCUCGGUUUUGGCUCUGUUGCAGCAUUGGGAUCGUCUGGUGGAGAGGAAUGGCAUAUUGCAUCGUCGGACUCUUCGACCUAAUGGUGGUGAGGAGGUCUUUCAAGUAGUUCUACCAGCCUCUUUGAAGCAGGACGUACUCACUCAGUUACAUCAAGAUCAUGGACAUCAGGGGGUAGAGCAGACGACUGAACUGGUCCGCCAGCGUUAUUUUUGGCCUGGAAUGACUGCUGAGGUGAAGCGAUGGUGUCAAGAGUGUGAGAGGUGUCAAGUGGCUAAGGAUACUAACUUUGCUGUCCCUAGUUUUAUGGGGCAUCUGUUAGCCUCACGACUCAACGAGAUUCUAGCCCUGGAUUUUACAAUUCUGGAACCUACCCAUCAUGGCUUGGAAAAUGUGCUGGUUAUGACUGACAUUUUUAGUAAAUUUACAUUGGCCAUACCUACCCGGGAUCAGAGGGCCUCUACCGUGGCCCGGGUCCUUGUGUCAGAGUAGUUUUGCAAAUUUGGGGUGCCUGGUCAUCUCCACUCUGAUCAGGGUCGCAGUUUUGAGAGCAGUCUUAUCCAGCAAUUGUGCCAGCUGUACGGAGUUACGCGGACACAUACUACUCCUUACCAUCCAGCUGGUAAUGGACAAUGUGAACGUUUCAACAGGACUAUGCAUAAUUUGCUGCGUACCUUACCUGUUUCGAGAAAGAGAGACUGGGCGUCCUGCCUUCCACAGUUAGUUUUUUGUUAUAAUACCACUCCACAUCAGUCAACUGGCGAGUCUCCACACUUUCUUAUGUUCGGCCAAGAUCCCCAGUUACCAAUAGACUUUUUGUUGGGCAGGGUGCAGGAGUCUGAGGCUGGCACUGUCCAUGACUGGAUUCGAGAGCACCAGGCCCGACUUCAGGUGGCAUUUGAAGGGGCUAGAGAGAGACUGAGUAGUGCUGCCUCUCGUCGCAAGGACUAUCACGAUCAGAGGGUGAAGGAAGGUCCGUUAUAUGAAGGCCAGCGUGUGUAUCUGCGAAAUUUUGGAGUAAAAGGCCGUCAUAAAAUUCAAGAUCAUUGGCACUCUGUUGCGUAUCAGCAGUUUCAGUUUUGUUUAGGCCCUGUCGGGGCGACGAUAAGAAGUGUGGAUGUGGUUACUCUACCGAAGGGUGUAGCUGAGUUGAGGGCUAUUGAAGCUGCUGGUACCUCCCCUAAUCCAAUUUUGAGUCAAAUUGAUGCUCUUGACUUAUCCAGUAUUAAUAGUGAGGAUAGCCAACAGGUUAGGAUGUUGUUGCAUAAGUAUCAGUCGGUGUUCUCUGCCCAUGAGGGUGAUUUAGGCUGUACAAGUCCUAUAUCACAUGAAAUCCCUAUGUUAGACGAAGUUCCUGUUAGGCAACAUUACCGGCGUCUGCCGCCAUCUGAGUAUGAGGUUGUUAAGGCCCAUAUCGAUCAGUUGCUUGAGGCACAGGUCAUUAGGGAGAGCUGCAGUCCCUAUGCUUCCCCCAUUGUAUUGGUGCGAAAAAAGGAUGGUAGUCCUCGUCUUUGUGUGGACUACCGCCAGUUAAACCAGAAGACUCGUAAAGACGCUUUCCCACUACCUCGUAUUGAAGAGUCUUUGGAUGCACUCUCUGGGGCCUGCUGGUUUUCUACUCUUGACUUAGCCAGUGGCUACAAUCAAGUUCCGGUUGCUGAAAAGGAUAAAGCCAAGACCGCUUUUUGUACUCCUUUUGAAUUAUUUGAGUUUAACCGUAUACCAUUUGGCCUCUGCAAUGCCCCAAGCACCUUCCAGCAUCUUAUGCAACAUUUGUUUGGGAAACAGCAUUGUCAGUCUCUCUUGCUCUAUCUUGAUGAUGUGGUGUUUUUUUAUUCUACCAUUUCACAGCAUCUCGAGCGAUUAGAGGGGGUGCUAAGCCGAUUGGAGCAGGAAGGACUUAAAGCCAAGUUGGAGAAAUGUGCCUUCCUUAAGCAGGAGGUUGGUUAUUUGGGACACGUGAUUUCCAGCGCUGGUGUCUCCACUGAUCCAAAGAAGAUCGAGGCGGUGACCAAGUGGCAACGUCCAAGCCAUGUGUCCGAGCUGCGAUCGUUUCUGGGUUUUACCAGCUAUUAUCAUCAUUUUGUAGAGGGUUUUGCUAAACUGGAAGCACCCCUACAUACGCUAGUGGCUGAGUUAGCUGGUACAAAGUCUCGAAAAGGGACUGUACGGGACUUUGCGGCGGCCUGGACAGAAGCCUGUGAACAGAGCUUUGAAAGACUGAAAGCUAAACUUACCUCCACCCCAGUCCUGGCCUAUGCCAAUUUUGCGUUGCCUUUUAUUUUAGAGGUAGACGCCAGCCAUUGUGGCUUGGGGGCAAUACUGUCACAGGAACAAGAAGGUAGGGUCCGGCCGAUAGCAUAUGCGAGCCGCGGCCUCCGCCCACCAGAACGUAACAUGAUAAAUUACAGCUCAAUGAAGCUAGAGUUCUUGGCUCUGAAAUGGGCAGUUACCGAAAAAUUUCGUGAGUACCUCUUGGGGCAUAAGUGUAUAAUCUACACUGAUAACAAUCCUUUAAGCCACCUCGCCUCUGCCAAGUUGGGAGCAACCGAGCAGCGAUGGGCGGCCCAGCUUGGUCGCAGUUUUGAGAGCAGUCUUAUCCAGCAAUUGUGCCAGCUGUACGGAGUUACGCGGACACAUACUACUCCUUACCAUCCAGCUGGUAAUGGACAAUGUGAACGUUUCAACAGGACUAUGCAUAAUUUGCUGCGUACCUUACCUGUUUCGAGAAAGAGAGACUGGGCGUCCUGCCUUCCACAGUUAGUUUUUUGUUAUAAUACCACUCCACAUCAGUCAACUGGCGAGUCUCCACACUUUCUUAUGUUCGGCCAAGAUCCCCAGUUACCAAUAGACUUUUUGUUGGGCAGGGUGCAGGAGUCUGAGGCUGGCACUGUCCAUGACUGGAUUCGAGAGCACCAGGCCCGACUUCAGGUGGCAUUUGAAGGGGCUAGAGAGAGACUGAGUAGUGCUGCCUCUCGUCGCAAGGACUAUCACGAUCAGAGGGUGAAGGAAGGUCCGUUAUAUGAAGGCCAGCGUGUGUAUCUGCGAAAUUUUGGAGUAAAAGGCCGUCAUAAAAUUCAAGAUCAUUGGCACUCUGUUGCGUAUCAGCAGUUUCAGUUUUUCUUCCGCAGCACCUGGGUGAAGCACACAGUUGUGAGUUUGGAGCAGCAGGUACCGACUGGUAUCACAGUCGGUAAUUUUGAAAACACUACUCUGGAGGGGGAGCAAGGUAUCAUCUUCUGUGCUCGACUCCUGGAGGGGGUAGGAGCAGGAGAGUACUGGCUCACUAGCCCGGUCUAUGAUCCUCCGAUUAUGAUGGACCAGACCCCUCAGAGUUCUGGGUUCCAGCCUCUGAUGUCACGGGCUACACGGAGAGGCAGUGGAGAAUGUUAUGCUGCCUGUAACAUUGUUAAACAUGACCGGUUUGGUGGUGGGACAGUGAUGGUCUGGGGAGGCAUAUCUGUGAAAGAGGGAUGCACAGACCUCUACAGGCUAGACAACGGCACCCUGACUGCCAUUAGGUAUCGGGAUGAAAUCCUUGGACCCAUUGUCAGACCCUACUCUGGUGCAGUGGGUCCUGGGUUACUCCUGGUGCAUGACCAUGCGUGGCCUCAUGUGGGGGAGCGAUCUCUCGAGGACCAUACCAGACUGUUUCUGGAAGUGGCUAAUCACACCAACCUCCCGGACGAUGCACUCUGCUCAUUCUACAACGCGAGACUCAACACCUCUUGUAGAGCGCAGUCGUCCGAAGAUGGUCUUCGGGAGAGUUUCACCGCCUUUGUGGAGUGGGUACUGGUGAGAAACGGAUCACCAUUCACCAUCGGAUUCGAGGAUGAGCUCGCCAGUCCCACUCCCAGAGCCCAGUCAAACACCACCUCGCUGCACGGAGCAACAGCCAGAGCCCACCGCAACCGCCAUCACGUGAAAGAGCGACAGAGCUGA